AUGGCUUACUCCCCAUCUCCUGCUUCUCCCCUACCAGGCCCUGACAAUGCCAACUACCCUCAUCGACGCUCACCGAGUCCUCCUGCACAGCCAAUGUCGAAAAGAGAUAAAAGAAGAAACCAACACGCUGCCCACCAACAAGAGCUUUACAAUGAGCUGUCAUCGAACCGAGAACAGCAUUAUCGAGAACAGCUCAUAGCCCUCCAAACCGACAUGAAUCUUAUUUCACAAGCAGACCCCUACGAUCCCGAACCUCUAGAUGAUUCACCGGAAGAGGUGGCUAGAAUUGCAGAGUUGGCUGCAUCUGGUACACCAUACCAGUCCCAAAUGUCUUCCCUCGCUGGGAAAUGGUAUGCCGAAUUUGUUCAUGAUGUCAACGACGCGAAGGAAGCAAAAGAGCUAGCUCUCAUACAACUCAUGAACAAUCACAAUGCUCGACUGGAGAGAGUUAAAUACGAGUGUGAUUAUCGUCUGCAUCUUGCCGCUGAGGAGUGCGAACACAUGACCUCCACCCUGCGGGAGCGGCUCUUUCAAGCACUGUCCAACAAAAGACAACGACUGAUGAAAGAGAAGGAACAACUUGACAUUGCAGACACCAACGCCCUCCUCCUUCACCCCAGCCAAUUCAGCAUCACCAAUCCCGCUAGCCCGGGUGGCAAUCACACCAGUCGCAAAACGCGCUUCACCAGACAUCGAGAGCAGGAAGACAUGAAUGGAGUGGGCGAAGUCACAAACAAGAGGAAACGGAAGCUCCCGGAGGACGAUGUGGGCUCACCAUCUCGAAACGGCUUCUCGACUCCGGCAGACCGAAACCGCGCCGCUUUGGCCAACCAGACUGCCCCUCUCUAUUCGAUCCACUCCCUGUUCACGGACAAAGAACUCAACUUCCAAUCCCACCAAGCACAAAUCGCAGCGCGACACUUCUUUGCAACAUCACGAAAGGAAGGUGAAACUGGCAACACAAGAAAACGCGGAAAAGAUGUGGAUGACAAACGCACUAGAUCUGACGAUUCGGCAUCUGAGGAAGAUGAAGAGCUCGAAGCACCUGGGAUGGAUCGGUCCGCCAGUCAAAAUGUGCAUGUGACGAGGUCGACACGGACAAUCGGUGGCUUGGGUGGAUUGAAUACGCUCAGCGACUUGGCGGAGAAAGCUGCAACACGUCCAGCAUUACCGUACGCUACGCUACAUACACAUCAAGGAAGACAAGGAACAUUCCUUCCGCAGCCGAGUCGGUUAUUGGCCGAAGAGCUAGAAGAGGAUUUGUUGAAGUUGACUCAAAUCGAGACCCGGCCCAAGGGUCAAGUAGACAAGAGGGCCAUUGAGGAAGCACUCAAACCUUUGGCAGAAUCACGAAGCAACCUGGCACCGGAUUGGCCAGUCUAUCUAGACGUGCAUUUGGUGGAUGUGGAUCCAAGAAAGACAGCAGGGCUUUCUUGA